AUGUUCUUCCACUUGACUUGGGUAAAAAUAUCAGUAUGUAUCUGCUUUAGAUAUUUUAAGUUUUGCUUUUUUUCUGCCUUGAAUAUUUUAUUUUGGAAAGUCAGAUCAGAAGCAAAUUCUCAAACUGAACUACUUCUUAGAUCUCACUAUAAGAAUGUUUUAUUCAAGGUCUUUAUGAUAGAUUUGCAAGCUGCUCAUUUUUGA